AUGGCCAUCCUUGCAGUUGCUGGUGGGACAGGCGAUGUUGGUCGAACACUCGUCGAGGAACUUGUCCAGUCGGGCAAGCACAGAGUCAUCGUGCUCUGCAGAAAGACCCCCGCGACAGCCAUCUCAGGCGCAGAGUACGCCGAGGCCGAUUAUGAUGACAUCGAGGGCACGGCAAAGAUGUUGGAUAACAACAAGGUUGAUACGGUCAUUUCUGCCCUGACCAUCGCAGGUCCCGGUGCCCGGGCCCAACGCAACCUGAUUGCUGCGGCCGACAAGUCCUCCACAGUUUACAGAUUCACCCCCAGCGAAUUCGUAGGCUACGUGCCCAAGGGAGAUAAAGCCGCCUUGAACAACCCUAUGACUAGUCCACUAGUUCAUGCUGCGGAGGCACUCGAUAAUUCGGGUCUCAAGUACACCCGUAUCGCAAUCGGAGUGUUUAUGGACUACGUGGGACUCCCUCAUAUCCCCAGCCACCUUCGAAACUUCCCAUGGGCAUUCGACUUCCCAUCACGCCGCGCUGUCGUUUCAGGAACGGGUAACGAACUAAUCACCAUGACCUACUCGAAGGACCUCGCGCGUUUCGUGGCUCGUCUCGUCGAAGAAGAUAAAUGGCCUGAGUGGAGCUUCAUUAGUGGCUCGGACGUCACUCAAAACCAGAUCAUGGCUAUCGUGGAGAAAGCCAUUGGCGAUAAACUAGCCGUGACCUAUGACACCAUGGAGGAGCUUAAAGCGGGAAAGGCCACCCUGCUAUUCCCAGACGAGGAGGGUUACGGAGGUAUGGAUACUAUGGGAAUGAUGGCUAUGGUACGAGCUUCCGUGGUCGAGGGAGAGAUGCUACUUCCAAAGGAGGGUCGCCUGAAUGAUAGGUUCCCGGAGAUCGAGACCACGAGUAUUGAUGAUCUUAUUACCCGUGCCUGGACUGGUAAAUAA